AUGUCCUCCCACACCUCUUCCUCGUUCACCGCCAGCAGCGAGCUCGACAGCACGCCCAUCCGUCCGGACGAGCGUCUGAUCGGAUCCAUGCCACACCCGACUGGCGUGGCGUCGACGUCCGGCAUCCCGCUCCAUCGACGCCGACGCGACGCCCUCGAACGCCAGCUCCACCAAGCUCGUGAGGCUCUCGCCCAGUCCCGCGAGGCUCUCGACCAAGCUGAACGAGCGAGCAACGACCGCGAACAGGCUGCCGAAGCUGCCACAGCCGAAGCGGAACAGCUCCGCGAAGCUCUCGCCCAAGCCGAACGAGCAGCCGGAGAGCGCAAGCAGGCUGCCACAGCCGAAGCCGAACAGCUCCGCAAGGAGCUCAACAACACGCGUUCUCGGAUGGUGGAAUCGCAGCGCGAGAGCUCGGACCGUCUUCGGGCAGCGGCGGCCCUGGCCGACACUCGUGUCCAGCGCGCUAGCAUCCAGCAGCAGAAUACGGAACGACACCAGGCAGCUGUGGCCGAAUCUCGAGCGACGGUGGCCCAGCUCCAACGAGCCUGCGCACUGCACAAACAAGAUGCCGAGGAACGUGAGGGCCGCCUGCGCCAGGAGCUCGCCGAGGCACAGGAGGCCGUCCGAGUCGCUCAAGCCGAGGCUGCUCAGCUCCGUGCUGAGGUCGACAACCUCCGUCGUGAGGGUUCCUUUCGCAGCUCCAACAGCACCCUCUGA